GUAACAUUUCCAUUCAUACACCCGGCGCUCCUUUUCAGCCCCUUUCAAAAUAACUCACUGUCAUCAUCAUUGGGAGACAGCUUUGCCUGGACGGAACUAAUUACUUUAAAAUUGGAGGAGGAGUGAAUAAAUCGAAUAAGCUCAAACGACCGACACAAUAACGACAGGGUCCACUGGACGCCGAGCACCCCUGGGCCUGUCUGUCAAGUCGACAUGUUUCAAACCGUCCCUGACACGUCGUCUUACGUCAAGGAGGCACUAUCAGUGGUGAGUGAAGACCAAUCCUUAUUUGAGCCUCCAUACGCUGCUGCUGCCCCUCUCCCCAAGACAGAUAUGACUGCAUCUGGCACACAGGACUACGGCCAAACUCACAAAAUUAACCCCCUACCCCCACAGCAGGAGUGGAUCAACCAGCAAGUGCGGGUCAACGUCAAGAGAGAAUAUGAGCACAUGAACGGAUCCAGCAGGGAGUCUCCAGUGGAUUGCAGUGUUGGUAAAUGUAAUAAACUGGUGGGGGGCAAUGACACAUCACAGAUCAACUAUGGAAACUACAUGGAUGAGAAGAAUGCCCCUCCCCCCAACAUGACCACCAAUGAAAGAAGAGUCAUUGUACCUGCAGACCCAUCAUUGUGGUCCCAAGACCAUGUGCGCCAGUGGCUAGAAUGGGCUAUUAAGGAGUAUGGCCUGUUAGAGAUUGACACAGCCAUGUUUCAGAACACAGACGGCAAAGAGCUGUGCAAGAUGAGCAAGGACGACUUCCUCAGGCUCACCACCAUGUACAACGCCGAAGUGCUUCUCUCUCAUCUCAAUUACCUCAGGGAAAGUAGUUCAUCGUUAUCCUACAAUGCGCCAUCUCACACAGACCCUUCCCCACGGCUUGCUGCCAAAGAGGACCCUUCAUAUGAUGCUGUACGGCGAACAGGAUGGUCAAACAACAUGCACAGUGGCAAAGGCUCACCCGUGGUUACUCAGAAUGUAACCAAAUCCACUGAGCAGCCCAGAGCUCAACCGGAUCCUUACCAGAUUCUGGGUCCCACCAGUAGUCGCUUAGCCAAUCCAGGUUCAGGUCAGAUCCAACUGUGGCAGUUCCUUCUGGAGCUCCUGUCUGACAGUGCCAACGCUGGCUGCAUCACCUGGGAAGGCACGAAUGGCGAGUUCAAGAUGACGGACCCAGACGAGGUGGCAAGGCGCUGGGGUGAGCGUAAGAGCAAGCCCAACAUGAACUACGACAAGCUGAGCCGUGCACUGCGCUACUACUAUGACAAAAAUAUCAUGACCAAGGUGCACGGCAAGCGCUACGCAUACAAGUUCGACUUCCACGGCAUCGCUCAGGCACUACAGCCUCACCCAACCGAGUCUUCCAUGUACAAGUACCCCUCGGACCUAGCCUAUGUGCCUUCCUACCACACUCACCAGCAGAAGGUCAACUUUGUGUCUCCACACCCUCCUUCCAUGCCCGUCACCUCCUCCAACUUCUUUGGACCCACUGCUCCAUACUGGAGCUCACCUACUGCAGGCAUCUACCCCAAUCCAAAUGUCCCCCGCCAUCCUAACACCCACGUGCCAUCCCACCUGGGAAGUUACUAUUAAAAUCCUUCCUUUCUGACCAACCACCACCUUCUUUAACCCCCCUCUCCCCACAACAAAGCCCACACUUGCUGACCUGCGCUCCCAGUGAUGCCGAACCAGUGAAGGCUGAAUUGAUAAAGGCUUUUGUCUUUUGAAGAAAUUCCGCUCCUAAUUUAAAGGAGGUUUUUUUUUAUGUAACAAUCUAUAAACAACUGGAUGUUAUGAUCCAAAAUGGAAUACUACUUAUUUUUACAAGACUAGCAACUGUUUGCUUAUGUUUUUUGGACAUGCAUCUGAGUUUGCUUUGCCUCUCUCUCUUUCCCAUCCUCCUGAAAGCUGCACCCACAGGUGUCCUCCCCAAAACCUUCCCAAAGCAAAGCCUGAGUUUGUCU